UCCAAGUGCCCCAGUAAAUGUUGUGUUUUGGUUCAUUUUGGUGAGCCGUACGUGUUUGAACUCGUUGUAUUUUCCCGUCGUAUUUUCCCCCAAACGUAUUAAUAUUGAAUACGAGUUCUUAAGCCCAGCAAACGCGCGUUUGCCUUGUGAAAACCCCGCUUUGCACAGCGUUAGUGAGCUCGUAGGUUGCCUCCAGCCACCGGGAGCCCCAUGUCCUCCGACCCGGGCUGGAGCUCCGCGGUCUCGGCCUGGCUCUUCUCCAGCUCCUGGUGGCCGCUCCUGCCCUUCGUCAUGCUUUUGGUGGUCGCUGCUUUCGUCGUGGCCUUCGUCCUGCUGCUCUACAUGAUAUCUCCGCUGAUCAGCCCCAAACCGCUCAAACUCAACGGGGCCCACGUCGUGGUGACUGGUGGCAGCAGUGGCAUUGGGAAGUGCAUUGCCAUCGAGUGCUAUAAACAAGGUGCCUUCAUCACUUUAGUGGCGCGUGAUGAGAGCAAGCUGGUUCAAGCGAAGAAAGAAGUGGAGAAAAGCGCCAUCAAUGAUAAACAGGUGGUGCUGUGCAUUUCCGUCGACGUGUCCAAAGAUUACAGCCAAGUGGAGAGUGUAAUAAAACAGGCUCAGGAGAAGCUGGGCCCGGUGGACAUGCUGGUGAACUGCGCAGGGAUGUCCGUCUCUGGGAAGUUUGAGGAAGUGGACGUGGAGCGCUUCCGGGGUCUGAUGGAGGUGAAUUAUCUGGGCAGUGUGUAUCCGACGCGGGCCGUCAUCACCACCAUGAAGGAGCGGAGGAUGGGCAGGGUGGUGUUCGUUUCCUCCCAGGCCGGACAGCUCGGCCUGUUUGGAUACACUGCGUACUCCGCCUCCAAGUUCGCCCUGAGGGGGCUCGCCGAGGCCCUGCAGAUGGAGGUGAAGCCCUAUAACAUCUAUGUCACAGUGUCUUACCCUCCUGACACCGACACGCCAUGCCUGACGGAGGAGAACAAGACCAAGCCUUUAGAGACCAAGCUGAUCUCUGAGACGUCUGGAGUGUGUCAGCCUGAGCAGGUGGCCAAAGUCAUCGUUAAAGAUGCGGUGCAGGGGAACUUUAACAGCUCCGUGGGUCCUGACGGCUACAUGCUCUCAGCUCUGACCUGUGGGAUGUCCCCCGUCACCUCCAUCACUGAAGGACUGCAGCAGAUUGUGACCAUGGGCCUCUUCCGCACCAUCGCUCUCUUCUACCUGGGCAGUUUCGACAGCAUCGUCCGCCGCUGCAUGAUCCAGAGGGAGCAGUCCAAAGCGGCUGAUAAACGAGAGUAAAACCAGAGAGUCUCCCCCCCAACACACACACACAACUCCCCUUCCCCAACACACACACACACACACACAGCACUGAAAUGAGUGGCCAUUGGAGCAGCACAUAAAAACCAAUGUUCCUGUUCUCAGUACACACUGUGGUCAAGGCCACUGUUUCUUUACUAUUCCAGCUGUCCUUUUCUGUCUCGUGAAGCACUUCAGUGCAGUGACGUCCGAGGGUUUUAUUCAACCUCGGAAAUCUGGGAUCGUUUUAAUGUCUAAACUUUUGUGUUUACGUGGCACAAACAAGGAGGAUUAUCCAUAAGGUUAGUGAGUUUACUUCAGAAUCCCCACCUUUUUUGCCCAUGUCUGCUCGUCCGCACACGACCGAGCACAAGUUUUAGAUUCCAAAUUUGACGCUGCUAAACUUUUUCUUUGAAAUGUAAACGGUCAUUGAGUGGAUCGAAGUGGUUCAUUGUGAGCGAACUUGUUAACUCACCGGCUUCUUCGCAGUGGUGGUGAUGGGAACCAGGGUUUACUUUGACUACAACACAGAUAUAGACGUUUUAUUUACCAUCCAGAACCGCCAGAGAACCCACACGAGUCUUCUGAGCUUAUAUGGAAUGCUGAUGGUGGAAAAUCUGGAAUAGUAGGUUUUCUUUAGCUCACCCCGCAUGCGGUUAGAUAAAAUGUGUUUUAGGCCUGUUUAUUCAUAACCGCUUCAUGUAAUAUCUUGGCCGGUGGUUCCAAGGAGUUGAAGAGGUUAUGAGAAAAAGGUUGCUAUUCUUCAAAUAAGUGAUACUUUUUUGAUCCCACAAAUGGGGAAAUUCCACCUCCGCAUUUAACCCAUCCGUGAAGUGAAACACCACAUACACACUAGUGAGCACACACACACACUAGGGGGGCAGUGAGC